UCUGUCAUAAGAACGGCGCCUUCCCCCCUUUAAAUACGGCCACCGCUCUCUCUCUCUCACCCACGCUCUUCGUGCUUGUCGCCAUUUUCUCUCUCUAGAAAUUCUCUCUCUCUCUAAUGGCUGCCAUCGCCGGAGCUUCGGUCUCGAUCGCCGCUCGGCCGCGGGUUUCCCGCCAGAUCAAGGCUGUGUAUGGGAUCUCUGGUCUGAAGACGGUUUCCUUCAACCAAAGGAAAAGCUUUUCUUCAAUCCGCACUCUGCCAGCACGAAUGCGGUUCCAGGUUUCUUGUGCUGCUAAACCAGAGACUCUGCAGAAAGUUUGUGAGAUUGUGAGGAAGCAAUUGGCACUCCCUGAUGAUUCUAAGGUCUCUGGUGAAUCCAAGUUUUCUACCCUUGGAGCUGAUUCCCUUGACACGGUGGAGAUUGUGAUGGGACUGGAGGAGGCGUUUGGGAUAAGCGUGGAAGAAGACAGCGCCCAGAGCAUCACAACGGUGCAGGAUGCUGCUGAUCUGAUCGAGGAUCUCGUCGCAGCAAAAUCCGUUUAAAUUGAAAGAGAGAGAAAAGAUAAAAUGAAAAAAAAAUAAGAUGAAAAAAUUUCAUCUGACCGUCGUAUUAGCUCAUAGUUUUCGCGUGUUUGCUGUCAGCCUGUGUUCAAGUUGAAUGUCAUAGAAAUGCUUGGUGAACUGCUGUGACUCUUUUACUGCUGCCUAGAAUUAAACUUGAAAGGUUUUGGUUACGCACGGUGCAUUACUAUGUCUAUUUUUAUA